AUGGAAUAUAGACAACCUAAGACCAAUCUCUCCGUUCUUCUUAGUGCUGUUGCUAAGGAAGUUAGGCAACAGCUAAGUCGAGCCACAGAUGAGACCGCCGAGAUAGUACUCUACGGUUUGGUCUAUUGGUUCCGUAUUUGGGACCAUGAGUACAACCUUAGACCAACUAAGUACUUACUCAUGUGGCUCGACUUCCUUAUUAAGGACGUUGAUUCUAAUUUAAUGGACCCCAAACCACUGGUCCAUCUAUUAAGUCUUAUUCGUACUGGUUACUAUCAACCAGACAUUGAUCAUUUUAAUUGA